AUGAAGUAUCUUUUCCCGGUGGUAUUUGGAGUAAUGAGUAAAGAACCUAAAGAAGAUGAUGGAUUCGCUAGACGUUCCCGACAGCUAGUGGUUUUCAUCUGGGGUACGCAAAGUUUCUCGACAGAUCUCCCGAAGAUGAAGCCAUCCUUCGAACAAGGUUUGGUUGGUCUGCCGAGCACCAACAAGGAACCAUUUUUGGUAACAACAUGAUGACAUUUCAUGGAAAAUUAUUUUGGACAGUGACUCAUUACAGCAACGUUGUAAGUGAUGCCGUAGCCUAGAAGUAUGCCAGCUUGGUGAAAGAAACUAUACUUAAAGCAAUCAAUUACGUGGAAGACUGAAUUGUGAUUUCAAAAUUUUCCCUGUAGUUUGGUUGAACAUCAAGUUUUUUUACAUCAAAUUUCUCUUAGAUAGACAUCAUUGAAGCUGACUCCAAUCGUCAGUUUUAAAUUGGUUUCUUGCUUAUGUAGAGUCAAUUAAGGUUACAAGAGUAAUACUACCCAUCCAAGAG